GGAGAGGGAGAGGCGGCGGCGGCGGCGGCGGCGGGGGUGGCUGGAGGAUGAAGAAGGAGCAUGUGCUGCACUGUCAGUUCUCCGCGUGGUAUCCACUGUUCAGAAGCCUCACCAUCAAGAGUGUCAUUCUUCCACUUCCUCAGAAUGUGAAGGAUUAUUUACUUGAUGAUGGAACUCUGGUGGUGUCAGGAAGGGAAGAUCCGCCAACAUGUUCUCAGCCAGACAGUGAUAAUGAAGCAGAAGAAAUACAGUGGUCGGACGACGAGAACACGGCCACGCUUACGGCACCAGAAUUUCCUGAGUUCACCACUAAAGUCCAAGAAGCUAUCAAUUCCCUGGGGGGCAGUGUAUUUCCGAAGCUUAACUGGAGUGCCCCAAGGGAUGCGUACUGGAUAGCAAUGAAUAGUUCUCUGAAAUGUAAAAUGCUCAGCGACAUCUUCCUACUGUUCAAGAGUUCUGAUUUCAUCACUCGUGACUUCACCCAACCGUUUAUUCAUUGUACUGAUGAUUCCCCAGAUCCGUGUAUGGAAUAUGAGCUUGUUCUUCGAAAAUGGUGUGAAUUAAUUCCUGGUGCUGAGUUCCGAUGUUUUGUCAAGGAAAAUAAGCUUAUUGGUAUUUCUCAAAGGGACUACACACAAUAUUAUGAUCAUAUUUCUAAACAAAAGGAAGAGAUUUGCAGAUGCAUACAAGACUUUUUCAAGAAACACAUACAGUAUAAAUUCUUAGAUGAAGACUUUGUAUUCGAUAUAUAUAGAGACAGUAGGGGGAAGGUGUGGCUGAUUGAUUUUAAUCCAUUUGGUGAAGUCACAGAUGCGCUGCUGUUUACUUGGGACGAACUGUUAUCUGGAAGAAACUUAAAGGGUGAUUUUAGUGAAGAAGCCCUGGAGCAGGAUGCUCCGGCCUUCCGUUGCACCAACAGCGAGGUCACAGUUCAGCCGAGUCCCUACCUGAGCUACCGGCUGCCCAAGGACUUUGUGGACCUCUCCACCGGGGAGGACGCUCACAAACUCAUCGAUUUUCUUAAACUGAAAAGGAAUCAGCAAGAGGAUGACUGAUUAGCAUGCUAGAGUUCAAGGCCAAGUCACACAGGAAACCACCGCUGCUUCUGGAGGCCGUACUUAGUCCACAACCUCCUAUUAACCCAGUCAGUGGGGGAGGGGGAGGGGGGCAGCGUGGAAGUCAGUGGCUUUUUAUAUUCAUGUAUAAAACUGGGGGAAAUGGAGGGACUUUGCUACUUGUAAAAAUAACACAAUAAAUAGAUCUUAAACAUAGGAAACCGUACUGUUCUGAUGAUAAAAUACUUUCUAUGAAAUACCUUGUUCUUUAGGCUCAGUC